AUGAAGCUUUCCACAUUUGCCGUUUUUGGCGCUUCAGUGCUAUCUGUUCAUGCAGCCGCUGAAAAGCGUGAACCCAAGAAUGUCGCUGCUUUAGAUGAACUUCUCCAGGAUUAUGAGAAUGACCACCACAAUGAAAAGAGAAAAAAUGUCGCCUCCUUAGAAGACCUCCAACAGGCUUAUGACGAAGAUCACCAAAACGAAAAGAGAAAGAAUGUCGCUGGUUUGGACGACCUUCGCCACGCUUACGCAGAAGACCAUAAGACUGAAAAGAGAAAGAAUGUUGCUGCUUUGGAAGAGCUCUUCCAGGCUUACAAGGAGGACCAUAAGAAUGAAAAGAGGAAGAAUGUUGCUGCUUUAGAGGAGCUUUUUGCAGCUUACAAAGAAGACCAUCAAAACGAGAAGAGAAAGAACACCUUCAACUUGGCUCAUUUGGAGCAUCUCCUCCAAGAAGCACAGGAGUCUGCGGAGAACAAUAAGAGAGACGCCCGUCUGUUCUUUGAGCUGAAGAACCAUGAAAAGCGCUCCCAGAAUGUCAUCACCUUCCUGGGUCCUUUGGUGGAGAAUGUGCUUACGCAAGUCAGGGACGUCUCUGUCAUUGCUGGCUACUUGAGAGACCUGGAGUCGCUCUUGGAUCAGUUGCACAAGGCCCCAUUUGCCGUGAUCAUCGCUCCUACUGACCACGCUUUGGCCAACAAGUUGAACGGCCACAAGCCAUGGGAAUUCCCAAGAGACCCUGAGAAUGAAGAGGACGCCGAGAAGAACAUCAAUGAUUUCGUCAAGGCCCACUUGGUCAAGUUCGAGGGCGAUUUUGAAGAGAUCGACAGCGAGGUCAGUCUUCAUUCGUUGAGCGGCCAGAAGGUGGUCAUUCGCCACGACGCUGCCACUGAUGCUUUCAGAGUGAAGCUGGGAGAUAAGUGGGUUGAUGUCUUGGCUGUUUACCAUGCCGACGAUGGUGCCGUAUUGGUCAUUGACGAUGUUUUCGUCAAGCCAUGA